CUCCGCGCGGGGGAGGCGGCGGUGGGGCGGGAGGGGAGUGCCAUCCCCGCGGCGGCCGCGGCCGCCCGUUCCCCGCGGCGGAGCAGGAGGAUGCGGCCCGGCGCCGGGCUCUGAGCGAUGGAGGGGGUCCUGUACAAGUGGACCAACUAUCUAGCGGGUUGGCAGCCUCGAUGGUUUGUUUUAGACAAUGGGAUAUUGUCAUACUAUGAUUCCCAGGAUGAUGUAUGCAAAGGCAGCAAAGGAAGUAUAAAGAUGGCUGUGUGUGAAAUAAAAGUUCAUGCAACAGACAACACGAGAAUGGAGCUUAUCAUCCCAGGGGAGCAGCAUUUCUAUAUGAAAGCAGUUAAUGCAGCUGAAAGGCAAAGAUGGCUGGUAGCACUGGGGAGUGCAAAAGCCUGUUUAGCAGAUACCAGAACAAAAAAAGAAAAAGAAAUAAGUGAGACCAAUGAAUCUCUUAAAACCAAAAUGUCUGAACUUCGUCUCUACUGUGAUCUUUUAAUGCAGCAAGUUCAUACAAUACAAGAAUUUGUUCACCAUGAUGAGACUCGCUCUCCUCCCAACAUUGAGAAUAUGAAUGAAGCCUCUUCCUUGCUUAGUGCCACAUGUAAUACAUUUAUCACAACACUUGAAGAAUGUGUGAAGAUUGCUAAUGCCAAGUUCAAGCCAGAAAUGUUCCAGCUGCCUCACCCUGAUCCCUUGGUUUCUCCUGUGUCACCAUCACCUAUUCAAAUGAUGAAGCGUUCCAUUAGCCACCCUGGUCCUUGCUAUUCAGAAAGGAUUAAUCACUCUGCAAAAGAGCCAGGUUCGUCUCUCCACCGACUUUCUCAGCAGCGCAGAAGAACAUACUCGGACACAGAAUUUUAYAGUGAUACAGUUUCUGAAGAUUCUCAGAGAUCUGCUCAUUGUUCUAGAAGUGCUGUCAAUGGAGAUCUGGUAUCAUCAACCAUUCCUGAAGAAAGUAAAUCAGUGUCAAAGGAAAGAUAUGAACUGGAAGAGACUCUUUCAUCCUUUUCCUCCUGAAGCAACUGAAAGUAUUACAUUUUCUAUAAAUAAUGCUAUGCAAAAGCUGUUGUAAUUAUAAUGUUGUUAUAGGAAGUAGUUAUUUCCCUUUUUAGAAGGAUUUCUCUGCACUUUAUAGAGUAACACAAAUACUAUCUUUGAAGUGUAUUUUAUCUUUGUAUAGUUUAUUUGCAAGAGUAUUUUCCUAAUAUUUCACAGUUUGAAUGUGCAUUUUUUUGAACAAAUGAUGGCUUUAAUAGAUAAGCAUCCACAUUUGUAAAUGCAGCUCUUUAUAAAAAGUGUGGAGGUAUGACUGAUAUGUUAGUAAACAUGCACUAUAAACGUCAGCAAAAAUUUUUUUUUUUUUUGAGAAAAUGCAACUUGUGCCAUGGGCCUCUUGGUCAUUUGUACCAGGUCAUCCACCUGGAGCUGUGAUUAGCCCCACAAUGGCUUUUUUUUGCCAGUGUAAGGGCUGUGGGAAUGGGCACUAAUGGCUCUGCUCCAGCAGCCUGACGGUAAUUGACAUUGCCACCUUUCAAAACACAAGGAUAUACAUAAUCCAGUCCUUAUUUUAGGCAAUGAAAGUAGAAAUAUUUAGUGUAUUUUUCUAAACAAAUGUGUAAAAAUAACUUAAUAUGAAGUAUUUGUACCAAACAUGGGAUAUUUAAUAGUUUUUAUUUAUUUAUUMUUUUUUGCAUCAAGAAUUUUUACCUACUUUCACUACUAAAGGUCUAAAGAUCUACUAAAGGCUUCAAAAUGUGCUUAAAUUGUUUCUGGGGUGUGUAGCAUCACAAAUAAUUAAUACAGCKCUGUUCAGAUUUACUCUGCUUACUUAAGAUGUGUUUUUUGGCAAGCUUGAUAGAAGCAAGAGCUGAAAUGUUGGACUGCUCUAAGCUGCUGUUGUGAUGAAUAUUUGUAUCUAUACAUGGUUUAUUUAUGACAUAUUUAUACAAAAGGGAGCUWCUGUUUCUGCAACUCAUUUAUAUCAUUUGAGGAUGGUAUACACCAGAAGAUGGCUUCUGCUCUCRGUUACAUCGGUGUAAAUUUGCAUUAACUGUGAGGUCAGAGUCUGACUCUCUUAAUGAUUAAUGAGUAAUAUAGUAUAAUAGUGCCUACUAGCACCUUGGUCCAGAAGGUUGUUACUGUUAGCAUUGUAAGCUUUURGGGAUUUUGGGGGUGUUUGUUUAGGGAUGAACUUGGUCUAUAAAGUCUUAGGUGUAGAGCACUUUAAGCAAGCCAUUUACUGUUCUUGAUUUACACAAUUGCUAAAUAUAUGUACAGGGUUUUUUGUACUCAAGCACAUACCAAAAUCUGGUUUUAUAAUCAGAACUUUAAUUUGGUUUAACUAGUCUUCCUUUUGUGUAUAUAAAUAAUUUGAAGCAGGCUGGAAAGAACAGAUGGGAAUGGGAGCUUUCCUUAUAAAUUUUUGGAAUGUUGUUUUAUCUAAGUCAAAACAGGUCCAAAUGUUGAGGAAAAACAUAUGAGCUGUUGGCCAUAUAUGAAAUGCCAGUUGAUAAACCAUUAUGUCAGGUUCAAGUGGAAUGGAAUGRUUUGUAAAAGGUUUUUGUGGAUUCCAGCUCAGAGCUGUCAUUUGUGCUCUUGUCAGUUGUCAGUUUUCAUACAAACUGGCAUAUGCAUAUCAGCCACACAUAUGCUUGUACAUUUUUUUCUGAAUGUUUGCUUUAAUGUAUUCUGUAUGACACRAAAAUUGUAAAAAUAAGUAUUAAAAAAGAUGUUCAGAAAAGUAAGCCACAUACUGCAGUGGGAGUGUUGUCUUGAAUCAUAUGCURUCAGAGUUGCUUUUUGAAAUUUCACUGAGGUUUCUGCCACCUUCUGUAGUGUGAAGUACACAUCACAGUGAUACCUUUUUCUGCUUUCAACAACUAUGAAGAAAGGAGAUUGGACUCGACAUUGUGCAAAAAAAAGUAAGACUGUUCAGUGCAUGUAGUAGUAAUAAUUUUAAGUACUACCACAAGACAGUUGUGAUCAGUUACAUGCAAAUUUUGUGCUUGGAAUUACUGCAGCACUGUUGUGGGUUUUUUCUUUCUCCAAAGCCAUCAUUUCAGCUUUGUGUAUAUAUGUGAUARUUUUCUGUUAAAUCAGCCCUUUUAUAGGUAUCUCUGCCAAACAUCCUAAAAUGUAAUUCAGUGAAAUCAAUGAAGAUGAUAUGCUGUCAUACUUUUGGUAACUGGGGCUAAAGAAUCACUUCUGAAAAUUAUCUGGCUGAAUCACAAUGAUCCAUGCAUAGUAAGACUAAAAAAUACCUGUAUGUGCUUACAUGUUUCAUUUCCARGUGUAGGGGAGGGCUUAUAAGGAAUGCCAGAUUGUAUCAUUCUUUCUAGUGCAGAAUGAGAGAGAGCUGAACCUCAGAAUAGGUAGUUGGUACUUACAGUUUUGAUCUCACAUGCUUCUGAAGAGCUCAAUGUGAAACCAAUUAAAAAUGUUAAUAGUAUUCAUCAUUUAAUAUAAGCAUGGGACGUAUAUUUAGGUGAAAAGUGCUAAUUUCAGUUAUAUCUCUGAAGUUUCUAGCAUCAGAUAAUUAGAAUGCUUAGAAAUUAAYGGCUUUCAUUACAAAGAAUUAAUGGUAAGGCACACAAUGAUUUGGAGAGUUGUGAAUAGUGAGAUUACAAUGUUCAGGGGCUUUAAAGGACUCUAAAUUAAUGUUUGUAUGUCUUUCAACUUAGUAAUUCAACUUCACCUUUUAAUCUUUUUUUCCCUCAGAGAAAGAAAGCUCUGGGAUAGCAGUACUUCAGAGCUUGCUUCUGCAAAAAAAAUUGUAUUCCUUACUUAAAAAUUGAUAUCACAGCUAUUUGUUUUUGUUAAGGUUAUUUUCACAAACUAUAAACUUGAGUUUUGCUYCACUCCUAAGUAUUCUAAAUAUUAAGUAUUCUAGUGUAGCUGUUUUUGGUGUAAACCAGAAACUUUUAAAAGGAGUGUAAUACCUGAAUAAGUGAAAUGUCCGCAUCUGAAAAUCAGCUAAAAUGCAAUAAAAUGAAUCUUUCAGUAUUUUUAUGGCUGUCCACUAUCACAGUUACUUUUUGUAGGCUGUCACAUGUAACAUGCUAGUAGAAAAUGGAUAGCUCUAUAGCAGGAUUUAUACAGCAGCUCAGUGAGUUUUGUUAAAAAGUUUUUUCCUUAAAGGUCAGUGCUCAGGAAUCAUGAAUGCCAAAUGCCUUCAUUCAUAUCAGUGGUAAGAUAUUUUUUCCAAACUUGGUCCUAUAGCACAAUAGAUUUGAUCUUUAAAUAAAACAAAUGUCAGCUUGUACUGUUAGAAAUCACCAUAUUGGACCUGGAUAUAAUAAGGAUUUUGAAAUGGUUUUUGGUUUCCUUUUCAUCCAGAGACUGCUUAAUCUGUUGUCUUGAAAAAUGUUUUCUUAGGAAUGUAUUCUGUGAAAUGGAAUAUUGAAGCUUUAGCUUGUGACUUCAGCAAUGUCAUUCUAGGUUAGCAUUUGCUUAGUGGUCUUGUGAAAAACACUGGCUCAGCUGGUUGGCCUGUAACAUGAUCUAUUCAAGCUGURUUUUAGCAAAGCCCUAAGUAUUUUAAAUCCUAUUUUUAGACAUGUGAGUCACUCAUCUGCCUAAAGUACUUGCUUAAGAGCUGUGCAGACUUGGACCAGAGAGGUUSUGGCAGGAUGAACUUGCUUACACUGCUGCAGCAGUGUGCUUUUCCUUCUCUGUUUUGAGACAGAGUAGAAGCCAUGUAAGAUGGAGUUUCCAAUAGCCUUUGUGAAGAAGAGGCCGUGGUUGAAUCUACAGAUGCUACCACUAUUUCUGCUGAGAUGACUAAUUAUAUAGUGUGUUUUUAGUGUUAAUUACGUGYCUGUGUACACAAGUUGCUUGUUA